AUGGAACUCGAGCAGAGAAGGCUACUGCCUAUUUACAUCAUGAGGCUAACUAAGGAGAUCAAAGGAUCAGUCAAAUUUGAAAAAGUAAACUUUUGUUAUCCGUCGCGGCCAGAGAUUAAGGUAGCACGAAACCUCAAUAUUAUUGCUCGAGAGGGAGAAAGCAUUGCUUUGGUGGGAGCUUCAGGAUGUGGAAAAAGCACAGUGGUUCAGUUACUUGAAAGAUUCUACGUACCUAACAGCGGAGUCAUACAAGACAUCCAGGUUUAA